AAGCAUAAAGCUGCAAGAAAGGUGGUAACCGAAAGAAGAGCUUUUCGUCACGCUCUCUCUCUCUCUCUUUCUCUCUCUCUCUCAUAUUGCCCAUGUUAUGAGAAAACAUCAGCUCUCUUAUCAACAACAGUAGCCCACAGAAUAAAGCGAGAGGGUGUCUGGAUUCUCGUUGGUCGGUUCUGGAUAUUUGAGGAGAUAGAGAUAGCUAUAGCAAGCAGGAAAAAAAAAAGUAAAAUUUUUUUUUUUUUUUUAUCUAUGUUUGGCAACUGCAACAACAACUCUUCUCCAAGUGUUCCUUCUUCUUCUGAGCUAUUCACUUGCUUAGAGAAUGGAAAUAGCAACAGUAAGAGGAAGAGAAGGCCAGCAGGAACUCCAGAUCCUGAUGCAGAAGUGGUGUCUCUCUCCCCCAAAACUUUACUUGAAUCCGACCGCUACGUGUGUGAGAUCUGCAACCAAGGAUUUCAGAGAGACCAGAACCUUCAGAUGCACCGACGAAGACACAAGGUACCAUGGAAGCUGCUCAAAAGAGAAAACCCAGAGGUGAGGAAGCGCGUGUUCGUUUGCCCGGAACCAAGUUGCCUUCACCACGAUCCUUGUCACGCGCUGGGUGAUCUCGUCGGUAUAAAGAAGCAUUUCAGAAGAAAACACAGCAAUCACAAACAAUGGGUCUGUGAGAAAUGCUCCAAAGGUUACGCUGUUCAAUCCGAUUACAAAGCCCAUCUCAAGACUUGUGGUACCAGAGGUCAUUCCUGUGAUUGUGGCCGUGUCUUCUCAAGAGUGGAGAGUUUCAUUGAACACCAAGAUGCUUGCAAUGCCGGCCGUCUUCGGACUGAAUUACAGACACUGCAACCAGCUUGCUUAUCUCAAACUGCUUCGAGUCUAAGCCCGUCGAGCGAUACCAAUUUCAGCACAGCUCCUUGGCCUGCUUUAAGAUUACCAAAGGUUGUGGUGGAGCCAAAUAAUCCUUCUUCAACAAUGACCAAAGAUCAACACCAUAAUUUAGAACUUCAUCUCUUGCCGUCCUCAAAUCCGCUCUCAAACACCAUAGAUUCAUCGGUUUUGCCUAAUUCGGACGAAAACCAAGUGACCCAACUGCAACUCUCAAUUGGGUCGUGUGAUAAUGGUGAGAAGAAUGAAGCAAACCAGACCAUCAGUUCGAGUAAAAAUGCUGGAAGAAGUUCUCCCUGCAGGGACAAGAAUGCUGUGGAAAAAGAACCAGCAGGUUUAAUGGCUUUGACGAUGAAGGAACAGGCAAGAGAGCAGUUGAGACUGGCAAUAACUGAAAAGGCAUUUGCAGAAGAGGCAAGGCUUCAAGCGAAGAGACAGAUUGAAGUGGCGGAGCAGGAAUUCGCAAAUGCUAAGAGAAUUAGGCAGCAAGCUCAGGCUGAGCUUGAUAAGGCUCAGAUUCUGAAAGAGCAAGCGACUAAGCAAAUUAACUCUACCAUUCUACAGAUUACUUGUCAGGCAUGCAAACAACAGUUUCAGGCCACCAAGUUGGAAGUGCCUUCAGAUGAGAAUUCUCUUGUUCUAAGUUACAUAUCCUCAGCCAUUACAGAAGGUGAAGGAGAGAAUGAUAAUAGGACCCAUAAACCCAUCAUCUCUUAGCC